AUGUCCUUCUCGAACACUCCUGUCGACAUAGCAGAAAAAAUUCUCAUCUGGAGUAUCGUCUUCCACGAUGAAUGCGAUGGUAUCGAUGACCUUUUUUGCGCUGUAUGCACUAGGCGAAUGUCCUUGAUGAGUCAGGGUUUCUUACAUAUGCUACGUCCUUAUAUGUGGAGGCAUAUGUCCAUACGAGCUGGCACCAAGCUCAUCACUCCGUCGUACCUAUCGGUCCUUAACGAUGCCCAGUCGGCCAUUGAUUUCCUUUCAACCAAAAAACAUAUCAUCUCGUUUGUUCGGCAGCUCCACGUCAUUGCCCCCUUUCCUCUCACCGCACCAAGCUCCCAUUCUUAUUCUUCCCGAGACGCCGUUACGGAUUUGAUGAUGCUACUCCCCAACCUCCAUACUGCAGCAUUCUUCAAUGUCAUCUUAGACGAAUUGCCCUGUCUACACAGGCAGCUUUCGUCGGUGCUAGGAAUGAACAUAUUCAUGAGACAUUUCUCAUACCUGGACGCACUGCACAUUUACUGGCCAGAGCCUAUCCUCUCCCCUCUUUAUUUCUAUAACACCAAGUUCCUACGUGACCCAGGUCUUCCUUUCAUCGAUUGCAUCCAUCCAUCCCGACUGCAGUCUCGGCCUGUCAUUGACACGCUUGUAGUACAAUCUACUACAGGGGCAAACCCUCUUGAGUGGUUUUGCAACCCAGAUGCUGGGCCUGCAGUCUGGGAGAUAAGGUCCACUACCACGGCAGCUAUGCCUUUCGACUUCUCGUAUUCCACACAGUUAUUCACCUUGAGCCUCGACAUCGAUAUAAUACAUCUGGCACAGACCCAUGCCUCCCUCCUUUCACUGCCAAUGCACUCCAGCAUCGACAAUCUCACGAUCAUCUUCAGAGGACCAUACUUCAUUCCACAAAUUCCAGCUAUAAUUCAGUCUAUGCCCACCAUCUUGCGAUCGAGAUGCCGCUGGUUGCGAGCUUUCAUGAUCAUCUAUGAGACCACUUGGUCAAUCGUCAAUGAAACGGAGUUUACGAGGUUAGCCUGGAUACUUACCUCGGUGUUUGAUGCUGCCUUGAGCCAUGUCACGACCGACUUUCAAAUGCGACAAUCAGCAGACAGUGAAGAAGAAGGCCCCAAAAUGGCACUCAAAGAUUUAUCUAAGCCCUUCUGCCGCUUGUUAAAAACAGUACCGGUGCUGGUAGAACAGCAGCGUUGUCUUUGUGAUGGAACCGUUCUAUCGGUGCUCGAUUUGAAUAUGGAAUCAGAAAAAAAGCUGGUCCGCGCCACAUUGAAUAAGUACUCGCUAGAUGAGGUGAAGAGGACUUAUGCAUUUUCGGACAUGGACAUGGAUCACAUGGAUUGA